UAUUUUGACUUUUGUGCUUAUUGUCAACUUGUUUUUUCUUUGAACAAUCAUAAUGGGCGACUUGUCAAAUUGUUGCACCAAUGAGUUCCAUUUAAGUACUUUCACAUUAUGUGAUUUCUGAAAAUAUCAACAAAUAUUUAGCUGCCAAUAGUUUAUCAGUUUGAAAGUCAUUUUGUUUCAGAAUUUCAUUGCUUAUGGUAAAUAGGUUUUCAAUUAUGCAAAUGUUCAAACUUGGAACAUAGAGUUCUUGAAGGUUUUGUUGAGAGAUAUGGUGGAUUCAAGCAUUUUGCUGUUUCUGCUGCUUCUUUGCUUUAAGUUCUGUAUCAUAGCAGCAGAAACUAAUAGCGGUGAUUUUACUGGAUUGAAGGCCCUCAAGGAUGUCUGGCAAAACACACCACCGAGUUGGAAAGGCAUAGAUCCUUGUGGAAACAAAUGGGAUGGAAUAGAAUGCACAAAUUCACGUGUUACUGCCAUAACAAUGUCAAGCAUGGGAUUAGCAGGACAGCUGUCUGGAGAUAUCUUAAAUUUACCAGAACUUCGAAUUUUGGAUCUAUCAUACAACACAGAUCUGGGAGGACCCCUGCCAACAUCCAUUGGGAGUUUGAAGAAGCUAACAAACUUAAUCCUUGUUGGUUGUAGAUUCUCUGGUCCUAUACCGGAUUCUAUAGGAUCACUGCAGGAGCUGGUCUAUUUAUCCCUAAAUUCUAAUGGUUUCACUGGACGAAUUCCACCAUCAAUUGGAAAUUUAGCUAAGCUUUAUUGGCUGGAUAUAGCUGACAAUAAGCUUGAAGGGCCCAUCCCAAUCUCCACAGGAACUUCACCUGGUCUUGAUAAGCUAGUUAAUACGAAACACUUUCAUUUCGGGAAGAAUCGGCUUUCAGGCACAAUCCCACCUGCACUUUUUAGCUCGAACAUGACUCUAAUACAUUUGCUUUUAGAAAGCAACAAUCUCACCGGUAGUAUCCCUACUACCCUUGGCCUUGUCCGGACAUUGGAAGUUGUACGCCUCGACAAGAAUUCAUUAACUGGACCUGUCCCUUCAAAUCUCAACAGUCUUACUGGUGUCAGUGAGUUAUUCUUGUCCAACAAUGGGCUGACUGGACCAUUUCCCAACCUAACUGGGAUGAAUGUUCUCACUUAUGUGGAUUUGAGCAAUAAUACCUUUGAUGUGUCAGAUUUUCCUUCUUGGUUUUCAACCUUACAGUCUUUAACAACAUUGACGUUGGAGGACACGCAACUUCAAGGACAAAUUCCGACUGAACUCUUCAGCCUUUCUCAUUUAACUACUGCGGUGCUGAGGAGCAACAAACUCAAUGGUACUCUAGAUAUUGGAAUAAACCACGGGGACCAACUGCAACGUAUUGAUUUGCAACAUAAUCAAAUUUCUGGCUAUACAAACAGACCAGGAGGAAAUCGAAUCAAUGUGGUACUUGCGGGUAACCCUAUCUGUCUAGAAACAGGAAUAACAGAAAGUUACUGCUCUGUUUCAACGACAGAUGCUUCCUUUGCGACACCACCAAAUAAUUGUGUACCUGUUGCAUGCAAUGGAAAUCAAAGUUCCAGUCCCAACUGUAGAUGCGCAUAUUCAUACAAAGGACUUCUAGUUUUCAGAGCUCCUUCAUUCUCAGACUUGGAAAAUGCAUCACAUUAUGAAUCUCUCCAGCAAUCUUUGAUGAAAUCUUUUCGUUCCAGUCAACUUCCCGUGGAUUCAGUUUCUUUAAGUAAUCCAAGAAAGGAUUCAUCUGUGUAUCUUGAUCUAGACUUGGAAAUAUUUCCAACUGGCCAAGGUCAAUUCACUCGAAGAGAGAUUUCUGGGGUUGGGUUUGUGCUGAGCAACCAGACUUUCAAGCCUCCAAAACUCUUUGGGCCCUUCUAUUUUAUGGGAGAACCUUAUCGGUUCUUUGCUGGACAACCCACAAAAUCAAACUCAUCAAACACUGGCAUAAUCAUUGGAGCUGCAGCUGGUGGACUAGUCCUAGUGUUACUAUUGCUCCUUGCGGGGCUUUAUGCUUAUCGUCAAAAGAAGAGAGCGCAAAAAGCUACUCAACGGAACAAUCCUUUUGCACACUGGGAUUCAAGUAAGAGCCACGGUGCUGCUGUUCCUCAGUUAAAGGGAGCCAGAUGCUUUUCUUUUGAAGAGCUUAAGAAAUACUCCAAUAACUUCUCAGAUGCCAAUGAUGUUGGAUCUGGGGGUUAUGGAAAGGUAUAUAGAGGAAUCCUUCCUAAUGGACAGCUGAUUGCCAUUAAACGAGCUCAACAAGGAUCAUUGCAGGGUGGUGUAGAAUUUAAAAAUGAAAUUGAACUUCUGUCUAGAGUCCACCACAAAAAUCUAGUAAGCCUUCUGGGUUUUUGUUUUGAGGGAGGUGAACAGAUGUUGGUGUACGAGUUUAUUGCAAAUGGUAGUCUCAGUGACAGUCUUUCAGGAAAGACAGGAAUCAGACUGGAUUGGAUUAAGAGACUGAGGGUGACCCUUGGAUCAGCAAGAGGUCUGGCAUACAUGCAUGAGCUUGCUAACCCUCCCAUUAUACAUCGGGACAUAAAGUCAACGAACAUACUUCUAGAUGAACGCUUGAAUGCGAAAGUUGCUGAUUUCGGUCUCUGCAAGCCCAUGACUGACAGUGAAAAGGGUCAUGUAACCACUCAAGUUAAGGGGACAAUGGGCUAUUUGGAUCCAGAAUAUUACAUGACUCAGCAGUUAACGGAGAAGAGUGAUGUUUAUAGCUUUGGCGUGGUGAUGCUGGAGCUACUAACAGGAAGAAGGCCAAUAGAACGCGGUAAAUACAUUGUGAGAGAGGUAAAAUUGGCAAUGGAUAGAACAAAAGAUUUGUAUAACCUCCACGAACUUCUCGAUCCAGGCAUUGGUUUAGAAACAACAUUAAAAGGUCUGGAUAAGUUUGUGGAUCUUGCAAUGAAAUGUGUGCAAGAAUCUGGAGCUGACAGGCCUACAAUGGGCGAGGUGGUGAAAGAGAUAGAAAAUAUGUUGAAGCUCGCAGGGUUAAACCCCAAUGCUGAUUCAGCAAGCACUUCGGCUAGUUAUGAGGAUGCUAGCAAGGGAAGCCCUCACCAUCCUUACGGCAAAGAGGCCUUUGAGUAUAGUGCGCCUUUUCCAGCUUCAAAGAUAGAGCCACAAUGAUUAUUUUUCUAGUAGCUUUAAGUUUUCUAAUGUGGUUGCUAUUUGUUGUCUUGUUUGAAGCAUGUAAUGAAUCAACUGUAGCUGAAUCGAAUUCUUUGUUUGUUAAUAUGUAGCAAAAGUAUUGUAUCUGAAUUUGUUCAAGAAUGUAUAUGAACAGAGAAGUUGUAAAGACAGAUUAGCGAUUUUGAAGAAAUUUUUAAUUUGAUUUA